AUGAGGACGGGUUGGUUGGAGGGUACUACCAACAUGUGGACUCAUGAGCAGCUCCUCCUCUGCUGUCUCACGUUACACUCCAUAAACUCGCCACCAUUUCCCACCUAUAUGUUUAAAAAGGAGGAGGGCUCGCUUGUCAAGAAUGCCUUAGAAGAGUUGUGAAAACAGCCAGCAGAGAAAGGGAGUUGCAGAUGCAGCUCUCACACUGAGCCACAAGCCGGUUAGAUUUGUGAGGGAGAGGAGUGUGUGUGUGUGAGAGAGAGAGACACGAAGGGAAAGUGUGUGUUUUGAUCAGAGGACGUCACUUACACUCCCACAGCGAGAAGGAAACACUCUGUCACAGGAAGGCGUCCAUCCUCACACGUUCAGAGCUGUGGAAGAGUGACCAGCUCCACAGAAGUGAGUAUUCCUGAUGCGAUGAGACCAUCGAUGAUUCAUCUGUAAUCAACUCAAGUGGAAAUUUCUCUCAAAGUGAUAAAGAUACACAUUCCAGUCCUUACUUUGUGAGGAGGCUCUGAACUCUUCAAGAAGGAAAUUUUUUGUAAAAAGACUGUAAAGUGUUUUGGCAUCACCAUGGAUCAGCCAGCCAGCAGCUGCAUGCGGAGCGCCCAUCCCAGCAGCCCCAUCUGGGGUUGCAUGAGGAACCCUCACUCUGGGGUCCCAGGGGCCAAUCUGCAGUCACCCUACCAGCAGGCCCCGUUCUCCCUCCACCAGAAGCCCGAGUUCCUGGCCUACACGGACUUCACCAGCUCCUGCCUGGUGCCAAGUGUGCCACACGCUGCCUAUCCUCGAGAUGAUAGACUCUACCAGGACAGCCAGGGGGGAUUCCAGAGAGCCGACUGGCAGUUCAGCCCCUGCGAGACUCGGGUGAGAGCGCCCGAGGCCUGUCCACCCAUCGCCCCCGCUGUAGGAGGUUCUGGAGAGGACGGAGGUCCUGACCUGGAAGGUGUAGGGACCGAACGAGUGCCAGGAAGUGUUCCAGGAUGUCUGGAUGGAGAAUACUCACCGCAGAGCGUGGCGUCAGUUGACUCAGACAAGAAAAGCUCCAAUAAGAGGAAAAGAGAUAUCACAGAUAUCCAGGAUUCCAGUUUUAAGGUGGAUUCCAGCUGCAAGGCCAGGAAAGAGCGCACAGCAUUCACCAAAGAGCAGCUGAGAGAGCUGGAGGCCGAGUUCACUCACCACAACUACCUGACCAGACUUCGUCGCUAUGAGAUUGCCGUCAACCUGGACCUCACAGAGAGACAGGUAAAAGUUUGGUUUCAGAACAGACGGAUGAAGUGGAAGAGAGUGAAAGGAGGACAGUCGGCUUCACCCAACAACCUGGAAAAUGACGACGUGGACUCGGCUGCUUCUCCCAGCUCUGAAUGAGCAACAAUCUAAGCUUCAGCUGGCCGACUGGACAUCCACACAACCUUUGUUUAAUUUUGUGAAAACUUGGCUGAAGGAAGCUGUAAUUUUAAGACUUUUUCCCUUUAAUUCCCUGAAGAAAACUCAGAACUGUUUUCUGUUGUAAAUAGUUGAUUUAUGAGCAGCAUUCUGACAUGUUAUUGAUAAAUACUCAGACUGAGAUCCAUGCUCCUUUUGUAAAAUGAAACUUGAGUUGAAUUAGUGGCACACAGAAGCUUUAGGGUUUGUGAUGACACAUCAGACUGGCAUCUGGUAGAAAACAUCACCUUUGGUUUCAGUUUUGCAACUGUGGCCUUUGAUGCUCGACUGAAACCACCUGGGAAAAUUCACACUGCACACACCCUGCCAAGUCGUAAGUGCCUCUGAGUUACGUUUCUUUUUUAAAUAAUACUAUUGUGUCAGUGUAUUUUCCAUUUCACUUCUCUUUUUUAUACAAAUUGAAUGCUUUUGAUAAAACACAGAUGUUGACUGUUUCUGCAAAUAGAAUAAACCAUUUUUUUGCAAACCAGAUAA